AUGCAGCGCUCGAGGGGUGGACCGCUGGGGAGCGUUGGGGAGCGGGCGGGAGCGAAGCGUCCGCGAAAGCACAUCUCCUUUGCCCGCGAUGGCAUCAAGGUGCGCUUUGUCAAGCCACCUCCGCGCUCCAUGAAUCACCGCUACUGGUUUACGGAGACGGAGGCGGUUGCCAAGAAGGGGCUCUCCUUUGAGGUUGAACCCGACAUUGCCGUCUCCGUGGACGUGAGCUGCCGCGUCCAGCUAACUGGAGUGGCGUCACAGUCGUGUAAGGCGCCUCGUUUCCUCUUCACGGGCGGUGUUGCUGGGAAGCACAGGCCCAACAGCAAGAGUAGUGGCAGGGUUUACCUGGAUCUCAAAGCGAAUCCUUCGCUCGGGGUUAUUGGUGCGGUGCAGCGUGCCUCGCGGUGGUUAACGGUGGCUUCUGUGGAGGAGGGACAUAUUGAAAAGGUGCGUGUCAUUCUGCCCCCCGGUAGUUACACGCUGCGUUGCGUGGGACCGAGACCGGUGCAGGUCUUUGCGCAGGUCUGGGACUUCGAGACGCGGCUGGACUAG